GUAGUCAGUUUAAUAGAUUUUUUUUUUGCAAUGAAUUUUUCAUAUAUUUUCAACAAGACGACAAUAACGACGUUGACGACCACCAAUAUCUGUGACUGCAGAGUGAAUGAAUUUUUUUUUUUUUUUUUUUUUUGGUCAUUUCUGUUUCACACUAAUUCAUCAUCAAAUGAAUUAUGGAUCCUAUAUAUGGACAGUAUAUUUCCUAUAUAAGAACAAUUCAUACACGCCCAAAUGAUGAAAUUUUUGACCCAAUAUAUUCUCAUCAUAUUCAUUUCAACGUUGAAAAUUGUAUUCAACAAGAUUUUUUUACAAUAAUGAUUCAAGAAUUUAAAAAAAAAAUUCUCUAACCUCGAACAAAGACCUCUGUAUAUUAAUUUGUGUGUGUGUGUGUCGGUGUAGUAUAUGCAAUACAGAACAGAAAAAAAACGUCAAUUAACAAGAAGAUAAUACAAAGAUAAAUUAUCCUUCAUUUGUUUGGCCAUUUAGCUGAUCUUUUUUUUCUGCUGACUGAUUUUGACAUCAUUACCACCAUUUCGAAUGGUGGCACAACCCCAAAAAUAAAAAAUAACUAUUUCGUCGUUAACACACAACGAUCAUACAGCACACCAUUUCCAUUGUCGACAACAAAUUAUCAUCGAGGACAUUUCCUUAGGAAAGUUCAACAUCAUAACAUAGUCAAUCGAUUUUUUUCCUUUUUUGUAUAGUUAUGAUCAAUCGAAUGAUUGACGUUUUCAGAUGAUUUUUUUUGUUUGCUGUUUUUUGUUAUCCUCAAAGUUUUAUUUUCGAUUCCUGACCAUUAUUCGGAAUAAGAUUAUUAAUUAUUAAAAACGAAUCAUCCGAUAUUGAUAGUGAUAUUAGCGCAUUGAAAGAAGGAAAAAACGUCAACAGUUUAUCAAUCAAAACAUCACUAGAUCAUCCUAUACAAUACAAUGUCCUUUCAACACGACGUUAUCAUCGACUACAUUGCAAUUAAUACACAAUCUAAUCAUAGAAAUCGACUAAUGAUCAACAAUAGAACAAUCGAUACGGACACAGAAUUUUUAUUCUCAUUUGAUUUUACGAAUCUUAUUUAACCAGAUUUUUUUCUGGUCAUUAUGAUCAGAAACGAUAUUUUAAUUUGAAUUUUUUUCCACAUUUUAAAUAUUUUAUUCGGCUUUCGUCUACACACCCCAUUUUCAAUCAUUAAACCAUGGCCGAAAUUAAUAAUAAAUCCUCGCUGCUUAUCAAUGGACAACAACAACAGCAACAGUCUCAACUUUUAUCUCAACAUCAAAUUAGUGAUAAUUUUAUCCUCAAAGACAGUUCAUGUCAAUGGAACAAUAUUCAAACAUUUCAAAACAUCGAUACCGAAUCAUUGUUACGUUUAGAAAGUUUGAUUAAUGAAUUUUUUCUUCCCAUCACCGGUAAUGAACGAAAACGACAAAUUGAACAAUCACUUGCCGAAUUUUCUAACACAUCAAAUUCAUGGCAAAUUUCAUUCAUUUAUUUCGAACGUACAUCGAAUGAAUAUACGAAAAUGUACUGCCUAACUGUGAUCGAAUCAUUUAUCAAUCAACGAUGGCAUACAUUAUCCAAUGAUGUUCGUCAAUCAUUUCGUACAUCAUUAUGGAAACAUUUGUUUGAAAAUCAUGCUAACAUUACUCCGGCAAUUCGAAAUAAAUUCUGCAAGAUAUUAGUCACAAUAGCUCGUUAUGAUUGGCCUUAUCAAUAUCCAGAUUUUAUGUCAAAUAUUCUGGAAUUACUUACACCGGAUCCUGGUCAGAAUAUACUACAUUCAGCUACGUUAAUUUUAUUGGGAUUAAAUCUACUAGGAACUGCGGUUGAAGAAUUAUCAUCGAAUAAAUCUUAUCAUAAUCAUUUCGCGGGCACAAUUGAAUUGGUACGAAUUUUACAAUCGCAAUUACCAAACAUGUUACAAGCUUUAACCCUAUUGUUGGAAUCAAUCAUUUCGAAACAUGUUAAUUAUUAUUCGGCCACACCUCCACCAUCGCCAACAUCGAUACAUAAUCAGAAUAGUAAUAGCAGUAGUAGUAGUAGCCGUAGUAAUGCCGGUAGUCCACCGAAUAUUCUUUCACACAUCAUUAAAUCUAAUGAUACAUUAGGUAAUGUCUUUCAAAUGAGCCUAAAAAAGGGAUUAUUACAUUCCAUACCAGAAAUGGACCAGGAAUUUGUUCACCUUACAUCACAAAUUUUUGUUUGUUUAUCACAAAUCAUUGAUUUUAUGCCCGUCAGCUAUUUCCAAUCCAUCAAUUCUACAUUAUUAUCCGCCCUCUAUGUAUUGGCUACAUUCGGUUCGAUAAAUUCAUCAUAUAAUUCAUCGAAAUUAGGUCUGAUCUCGAUGAACUGUAUCAAUGAAUUGAUAUCAAAAGUAUCGACAUUCGAUUCGGAAGCAAAUGAAUUCAUCUACAAUGUAUUUCAUAAUACAUUUCUAAUACUACAAUUGAUUGUUUCAUCAUCUUUGAAAUCACCUAAUGAUGGCGAAACAAGAUUCGAUGAGAUUGAUGAAGAUUAUCUGAAAAAAUUUAUUGAUUUUCUUAAAUUAUUCAUUGGUAAUCAUUUGGGUCGUUUUGAAAAAUUUAUAUCGUUUCCAACAAAAGAUUUUCUCCAAUUAUUAUUCGAAUUUACGACAAAAAUGUGCCAUUCAUAUGAAUGUUAUCUAAUGUUAUUGGAUACCUGGUCAGUUUAUUUUGAUUAUCUAGAAAAUUAUAUCAACCAGAUUGCAGCCAGUAAACAACAUAAAGAUAAAAGAAACGUUAGGGAUGAAAAAUUCGAAUCAAUCAAAGAGCCUAUAUUAUCGUUUUUAUUGUUCAUUUUACGUUCCAUACAAUAUAGUUGUAAUCAAGAUUAUCUUAAACAUUUAGAUGAUCAAACACCUGAAGAUGAUUGUCGAACAGAAUUGGAAAACUAUAUUUAUCAAUCAAUAGAAAUUGUGGCUAAAAUCGCCGAUAUAUAUCCAGAAGAAACAAUUAAUUAUAUUGAUAAUUAUUACAAUGAAAAACUACAGAAUCUAUAUUAUGGUUUAGAAUUUCUAGUGAAUAAUAAUAAUAAUAAUAAACCAACACCAUCAUCAAUGAUGAUAAAUGGUGAUGGAAAAUCAUAUCAUUGUUCAUCACCAACGAAUGAUCAUCAUAAUCAUGUUCCAACCGAACAAUUGAAAUUACGUUUAGAAGAUUUUAUCAUUACACUUCAAGUGAUUUCACGUUUUGCAAAUUAUUUCAUCGAUAUACAAUUUGAAAAAUAUUUUCUUCGUAUCAAAAUGAAAUUUGAUAAAUUAUGUGAGAUUCUACAUUUUAUUGAAAUGCAUAAAUUUGAUAAUGAUAUGUAUGGACAAACAACAGCAACGAAUCCAUUUUUGAGCGAAUUCCUUAUGCUCAAAGCACAAAUUAUAGCCACAUUCAAAGCUUAUAUCGUAUGGUAUCAACAAGUUUGUUGUGCCAGUGAUAAACAUUCGAUUCAAAUAGCUCAAGCAAUUGAUCAUAUUACCAUUAUAAUCAAUACAUGUUGUUCGAUUAUCUGUGAUAAUAAUAACUGUACUCAUUUAUCGACUAUCGAUCAUCAUCAUUCGAUUACGGCCAAUGUCGAUUGUCAAUCGCCGCGUAUUUCAAAAUGUUUGGAUUCAAAAAAGAAAAUGUUCCAUAGUGCAGCAUUAACAUUGAAUACAUUUUCAGCUAAUGUUCGACCAUCGUUUGUAUUCAAUUUGCAAUCGGUGCAAAGACUUUUUGAUCAAAAUUUUCAAUCCAAUCUGUUGAAAUUAAACGUGACAGACAAAGGAAAAUACGAAUCGAUUUUGCCAUCGCUUGUUGAUAAGAUUUUAAUUUCACAAUCAAUUUCAAAUUUUUUGAUUCUACCAUGGUUUCAGCUAUCAAAUGAACAACAAAAUUGGGAACGUCGAUCAAUCUGUUUAAAUAUGUUUAUCGGAAAUUUUUUGCAUUUAUUUAAUGAUCUUGAUCUUAGUGAUUCGAAUCGUAUUAUAGCUACUGCUAUGCAAGAUGAAAACAUUGAAGCAACAAAAAAAUGUCCAAAUGUUUAUUGUCGAUCAUUGUACAUAUUGAAACAAGUGAUUAAAUCACAUUCAGAUUCUCCAUUAAAAAGUAAACAAAUGUUAUUGAUCAGUUUAAAUUCAUCCUUGGAAGCAUUCAUACAGCUGUUGACACAUAAUCAACUAUUAAAUUCAACAAUUGUCGGUUGUCAGAUAACCGAACAUAUCCUUUCAUUAUUCAUUGUCGUAUUCAAAGUUUUAUUUGCACGUAUUCAUAUGGAUUUUGUCGAACGAACCAUACAGUCACUGUUGCAGAUAAUAAAUCGCCAUAAUUUUAUGGUACCCAUUUCCAGAGAUACAAGUUUAUCGAAUUCGAAUAAUAACAAUAGUGAAGCAUGGCCCGGUUUACGGGUGAUAAUUAAAUUUUUAAAAUUAUUAAUUCUUGUCAUUGGACAACAAUCAUUGAAUUCAUUUAUACGGACAAUAUUGCCGGAUAUUAUUGAUUUUGCUGUGAUUCGAAUUCAAACCACCAUGAUCAAUGUUAAAUCACCGAUGACUAUUUAUUUUAAAAAUUCAACCGGAUUUCAUUAUGAUAUCUAUCAUAAAAUGUUAAAAGUUUAUUAUGGUUUUUUAUAUGAGCUUUUGCUCAAUAAUUGUCGUUAUUUUUUUCCACAACGACUCAAUUCAAUACAACAACAGUGUGUUGUGCCAACAACGUCAUCGUCGCCGAUUAAAACACAAAACGGUCAUCAUCAUAAUCAUGUAAUUGAUAGUCAACAGCAAAGACAUUUUGAUUCAAUCAUGGAAAUUAUUGGCGAAUCAUUUUUGCAACCGGAAAACAUACAUUUAUUUCGACAAAAUGUUGAUGCAUUAGAAUCGAUGAAUCAAAAAUUAAAACUAUAUGAACGUUUGAAUUUUAGAGAAAAAUUUCGUGAACGAUACCUUUUUCUAUUCAUGCAAACAUUACUUGAUCAUUCGUUGGAUUUAUUACAAGAAUCUCUAUUCACAAUCAUCUAUCAUUUAGCUCAAGUUGAUUUUCCACAAUUUUAUGAAUCAUUUAUGCCGAAAUAUAUUUCAAAUCUAUCACUAUUGAAUGAUCAACAACGAUUGGAAUUGAUGACAGAUUUUAAAAUGGAACAUCAUCAUCAUCAUCAUCAACAAAUACAGAUUGAUUUUCCUACAUUUAGUUCAAAAUUGAAUCAACUUUUAUGCAACGUUCGUUUCUUUUACAAGUGCAAUAUCUAAUAUCUGAUGUUUUGAAUGAUUGUACCAGGAACGCGUUUAUCAUAUAUUUUCGUUGUAACUCUCUCAACACACAAUUGUCAAAUACUUUUAUGCAUGAUGAUAUUUUUUUUUUUUUUUUUUUUGAAUGAAUUUUCGUCUCAUCUUAUAUAUACAUACACAUUCGACAUUUUACACAACACAUUAUCUAUUUUGCAUGGAUUUUAUCUUUUUUUUCUGAAAGAAUUUUUUUCCUCUUUAGUAAU